CACCUGAGAAGAAUUACACAAACACGUACAGAGAGAAGGAAACAAACAACCUUUGCCAGUGUAUUCAAUAAUUACCAGCGUAUAUGAAGAGACAUUAUUGCUCCUAAGAAGAGGAGAUUCCACAAACACGUCCAGACAGAGAGAAGCAAACAAACGGGAGGGAGGAGGGAAUACGCCAAAGCGGUGUUAGUGCGUGCGUGCGUCCGUCCGUCGGUGUCUGUGUUUGUGAAGUGGUGCCAUCUGAUGGCGACUUCUGGAAGUCACAUCCGGGGCCCUGACAGUGUUAUGGCGACCGUGAGUGAGGGUAAAUAUGACGCAGCGAGUGAAACAAGCGAGUGUGAAAAAUGUGUAGAGGAAGAUCUAAAUGAAGUGAGUGACGUUCCGACGACGACGCCAACCGACGAGGGCUUUUGUGCGACGCCUCAGAGAGACAGAGAAGGGUUCAAGAACUUCCCGGGGUUCAUCGUGAUGUCUUCGUCGUCGCCUCCGUCAUCAACGUCACACGGAGGGAAAAUGGAUCCGAAAUAUUCUCCAGAACCACCACUUUGCAGUGCUGAAUCAGGGCCACUGGACACCAAUGAGCAUCAUCAUCAUUAUCACCACCAUCGAGAACAUUAUCACCAUCACCACCAUCAUAAGAAGAAGAAACAUAGAGACAGAGAUAGAGUUCAUCACAAAAAACAUAGACACAGAGAUAAAGACCGCAGUUCAGAUUCUCGGAUUAGUUGGAGGACAGAAAAUGGCAGCAGCGGUAGUGGAACCCCAGAGCAUAUUCAAGAGGGAAGGAGUUAUACUCCACCAGUUAACUCAGACUCCAGAAUAUCGUCAAGGAGACGUCAGACAUCUUCCGAUGAUGGAUCUUCUCGAUCAUUGUCUGUGACUCCCCCUAGAUGUCCAACUUCACCUAUUCCCAUGAAUAACAUUAGAGAUAGAAGUGUGCAACAGAGUUACUCAGAGCAAAGAGUACCUAUAUUACCUCAUAGAUUGGGAAAUGUAUCUCCAACAGGCUCACCUCAGAGUCCUCCUCCUGUUCCACCUACCUCCUCGUUCAAUUUACAUUCAAGAGCACCCAAAACGCCGCCAUCGUCACGGCCAAGUUGUAUUCCUCCAAUAUCUCCCGGCCCAGUAUCUCCUUGCUUGUCUCCAGGAACUCCAAGUAGGUCACCAAGAGCCUUUCAAUCUUACCCGUUUUCUUAUGCAAGUUUGUCUGAAAACUCAUUACCACCAAGAAGGUGUUCCGGCUCGUCAAGUCCAGUGCAUUCAAGAUCCAAUGAUACCUCAUAUAUGCCAGCUACUCCAUCACAGCACAACACUUCUAACUCUCCUCAGUCUCCAAGAUCUCCAGGAACACCACCACCGCCACCAGUAUCUCCUGAGAUACCCCCUCCACCACCAAUAUCUCCAGAGAUUCCACCUUUGCCUCCUUCAGAUGGUGGUAACUCAUUAUUAGACAAGAAUUCUCACAGUCCACCAAAUUCCUUAUCUGAAACUUUCAGAUAUAAGGGGCAAAUUCAGGCAGGUAGUGAUCCCCCACCACCCCCUCCUCUUCCGCCAUCACCGCCACCAGCAUCUCCAGGUACUCCUCCACCAUUACCCAUAUCCCCUGAAACACCACCUUUACCACCAGUUUCUCCAGGUACUCCACCUCUACCUAUGUCUCCAGGAAGCAACUUUCACAAGAACUCUCUUUCUCAUACCCCACCAAAUCUUACGAGAGUCAUGCCUGGAAUGUCCCCAAGGGAAUCUCACGAAAGCUAUGGUGAGCCUGUUGAUAAUGCAUUGCAGUGUGAAAAUGUCUUGAAUGCUCAGGAUGAAAAUCUUGAGAGAGACACUCCCUCACCUCUACCUGAUUGUCCGUUAGAGUGUCCUAAAUCUCCAUCCCCCCAGUUUGGGUCACCGUCAUCAUCUCGUUCGCCUUCUCCUUCGCCUCAUCCUGCCCAAAGAUCUCGUAGUCCACCAUCAACUCCUUCUGUACCUUUGAACCAGCCUUUAAGAUUAGUAGACCCCCCAUGUGUUUCUCCAACUUAUACACAUAAAGUAGAUAUUCUAUCACCCAGGGUGCCUAUUCCUGAUAUUCUUUCCCCAACAAACUCAAUAAAAGCAGAUAUUAUGUCUCCUCCUCACCAGAGCCCUCGACAGGGUAUUAUGUCUCCUACACAUCCCUCACGACCUAAACUUGUUUCUCCGCCUUCAUCAGGCAUGUGUCCAAGAUCUCCAAAAGUUAAGAGCCCAACUCGUUCACGUCCGAGAAGUCCUAUGGAUCUCCCAGUCCCUAAAUGGAAGCCUGAUCCCAUAGUAAGACAGAAAAGACCUUCAGAGUCUAGAACCUCCAUAUCUUCAAUAUCUUCUGUAUCCUCACUCACAGAAGUCAUUGUACCUGUAACACCACGACCGGUGACUAUUCCUCCAACUGCAGAGAAACUAAGAAGAUUCAGUGAAGAAGAAUCACUUGAAAUGAGAGAGAGGUCUGCAAGUGGAGAGGGUCAUGACACUGCAGAAAGUGGAUUUGAUGAUGGAAGUGACCUAUCUCCAGAUCACAAGCCAGAAGUGUCAGUAAAAGUUGAGCCUCUUGAUACUAAAUCUUUAUAUGGGUUGGAGAGAGAGACUAUAAAAAAGGAGGAACCUGAGGUUAGCAGUGUGCCAAAGUUGGAUUUCAAGAGUGAGGUCUUAGAUGAGCUCUCCAAGUUUGCUGAGGAAGGUGACACCACCAUAUAUACUGGACAUCAAGCUAAGAUGUUGAAACUUGAAGAAGUAGAAGAGUGUAAGGAGGAGAAGGAGGAAGACCAAACCCUAUCACCUUCGAAAGGUGAAUCGUACAUUAAGACAACAACUUUGAGAAAACCGCCUACAUCAUCCAAGAAAACUGAGUCACCAAAGAGUGAACUAUCAGCAUUGCCAAAGAAGGGAGACUUGGAUAACUCUCUUAAUUUUGCUAGUCUAGGGGGUGUCAAGGGUGAAUCAAGUUGUACACCAAAGAAGGCAUUAGACUUCCUUUCAAAAGAACAGGAUGGUAAAGUGGAAGAGAAAAUUCUUAAUACUGUGGAUUCGGUCAAGUAUCCAGUCAAUGGGACCAAAGUAACAGAUCUCCUUGGUAAAAGCAAAACAUCGGAAGUGAAACCUCCCAGAAACAGUUUGGAGAAGCCUGUAGAAUCAGAAAGUGUCGUAGAUAAAGUGGAAAACACGCCAGAGAAGGAUGAGUCAAAGCUUAGAAACAAUACAGCCAGUAGGCACAAGUCUGCUUCAGUGUCAUCCAGUGGUAAAAAAUAUGAUUGUGCAAAAUGCUAUAAAAGGAGUAAGAUAAAGAGGUACAAUAUUGGUGUGCAGUGCAGGCGAGAUAAAAGUGAAUCAAAAUCAAAUGAAAAUAGAUCUAAUGCAGUAUCUCUGACAAAUGCAUCAUUUUCUUCUCUCCCUUGUUUUGCUAAAGUUGAUUUUGGAUCAAAGCACAUCUCUUUACCUAGACCUCCUAAUGUUGGGAAAACUAUUCCUGAUAAAUAUAAGUAUGCACAAUUCAUGCAUGUAGAAACUUACCCUAAUGGUGAUGCCACAGUUGUGCACAUGUACCAAGAUGAAAUCGAUCAAUUAAGUAAAGAAGAGCAGGAGGAACUAGCCUUCGAGUUUUUAGAUUUUGCAUUUUCUGAGGAUGAUGAUGGGUAUGCCUAUCAUGUAUGUGCUAUUGUCCAUGAUGCAGCAAGAUAUAUGCCAGAUUUACUAGAUUACAUGGCUGAAAAGCACAGUGGGCUUAUUGUCAAGGCUGGAGUCAUUGGUCACAUUGGAAGAAACUCUGAUUUGGAAACUUUUACCAUGGGAAAAUAUAGAGAUGAGGUCUACAAAAAUUAUUGCAAUGGCACAUUUCGUGCUGGCCCUCUUCACCAAGUCAGUGUUGUUGGAACUGUCCAUGAAGAAGUUGGUGGUUAUUUUCCACAUUUUAUUGCCAUGAUGGAAGAGAAUCCAUUCCUAAGACAAGCAAUGCCGUGGGGUCCCAUGUCUAUAGUGAAAAUGUCCUCACCCCAGCAAAGCAAUGAUGGUCCCAUUCUCUGGAUUCGGCUGGGAACAACUUAUUCCAACAGCAGACUGGGUAAAUCACCAGCUAAAAGGAAGAGCAGGGCAGGUAUAAACGAGUUAGAACGUCUCCGUUACUUACCUCGUGCCUCUAAUGCCCGUGAAAUGAUGUUUGAAGAUAGAACAAAAGCACACGCUGAUCAUGUGGGAGCUGGAUUGGAUAGGAAAACAACUGGUGCUGUUGGAGUGUUGAAGGCCGUCCAUUGUGGUAGAGAAAGCACCCACAAUCGUGUCGUUAAAGACGUUGUAGCAUUUGAUGCUCAUGACUUCAAUGAAGUGGUUGAAAAACUCAAGUUGGAUCUCCAUGAACCACCCAUAUCACAGUGUAUUCAGUGGAUUGAGGAUGCAAAGUUGAACCAGCUUAGAAGAGACGGCAUAAAAUUUGCACGCAUUCAACUUUGCGAUAAUGAUAUCUACUUUUUGCCUCGCAACAUCAUUCAUCAAUUUAGAACUGUCACAGCUGUUUGCAGUGUUGCUUGGCACGUUCAGUUAAAACAGUAUUAUCAAGUUCCCAAUAUUGAGAAGGGGAAGGAGAAGGAAAAGAAAGAUGACACUCCCUUGUCUCCUGUAAAGGCUGAGGUUGGGGAAAAGAAAGAGAAAUCAGCGUCUGUCUCUUCCACGCCUUCAAAACAUCAUAAAAGCCAUAAGAAUGAAAAGAAAGACAAAUAUGAUAAGGACCGACAUGAUAAACAUCGGCACAAACAUAAAAAUAAAGACAGAGAGAAAGAGAAACACAAAGAUAAGGAUCACAGAAGGAGUGAACAUAAAAGUAAGAAAAGAGAUAAACCAGAAAAAGAUGAAACAGAGAGAGUAAAAAAGAGAUUGAGACUAGAUUCAAGUUCAUCUGUGGAUGAAGCCAGUGGUGUAGAAGUGAAGACUGAAAAGGACAAAUCAAGCUCAUGUGAUUCCGUUGAGCCAGAACCUAAGAAAGCUAAAGUGGAUAAUGGUGAUUCAGUUGUAGAAACAAAGAGUGAAACUAAAACAGAGGUGAAAACAGAACCUGCGCCAGAAGUGACUCAUGCUCAACAGGAGUGCCCAGUAGAAUUAGUGGAAAAGGUAAAUGAUGUGAGUUCUGAUAGGACAAAUACGACUACAGAUGUAGCGAAAGGGAUUUCAGAUAAAGCUGCCACACCUGUUAAGCCAAAACAAGCAACUGCUUCAUCUGUGUUAGGAAAUCGCCCGAAGACUCCAAUCAAGUCUGGAGAAGCGUGUGAUUUGGUUGGUACGAUCAUGGCUGGGAUGAAGCAAGCAAGUAUGCACAAGUAGGUAUAAAUUUGUGUAAAACUCAUAGGUGAUUUAUAUUUUCCAACUGGUGUAUAAAGUUCGUCAAGUAAUCCUGCACACAACAGACUACUUUAGCAAGGAAAGAAAGAUGCUGAUUGAGUUCCAGUUAAUAAAAAUAUGCAUUUAAUUGCCUUAGAAACAAUACCAACCUUGUGUGUUGUGACCCUAUUGCAGGUAUCUUUUUGAAGAGAAGAAACACCCACAGUCUAACAGAUCAAAUCAUUGCUAAACACAAACACACACCUAAUAGGUGGUGAUGUUUGAAAUCAAGAGAAGUUGUGUCCUUUGUAUGUAGAGAUGUAUAUUGCUGUAGAUAAAGCUAUUUAUUAAUAGAUUUUACUAUUGUAGUGGGUAGUUUUCUGUAAUAACUGAAUACCAGAGAGCCUUGUAAUUUGAUUAUAAUGUGCUGGUUUCACGUAAAUUGUUAUAUUUAAAUCAAAGAACUAAAGUGAUUGUAUGUUUUAUAUACAUAUGGGAAAAUAGAUUUCAAAAGGAAGUUAUUUCUCCUUAGCACACAGUUUUUAUCCUAGAAAAUUUAAUAUUUGGAAUCUUCAGAACAUUCUUGUCCUAAUUGCUGAAAUAGUUUCUUGUGGGUUUACAUGGAUUUUAUCAAUGCAUAAAUCACUUAGUUUUUAGUGGCAGCUACUGGUCCAUUUUUGAGAACACUUUAAGCUUUAAGCUCUCAGAGAGCAUUGGGUCAUGUAUAUUUUGGAUGGAAGAAGUGUGCCAUGGAGAAAAUGGCUUCUUUGUUACGUUGAAGUUCACUUUCUUCUUAUGAAUCGAUAUUUUCCAAAUUUGUCACUGAUAUGCCAGAUUACCCUAACCUUAGACAACAAAUGCAAGUGCUUAGUCAUACAAAAUACUGGAUUUUGGGGAUAGGGUUUAGAAUAAGCUUUUUAAAAGUAGAUGCUACAGAACACGUUUUGGGGUAUUUUAAAUGCGCUAUACUGUACUUGGUUUAUUGCUGUCACUGUUUCAGUGGUCAUGCACUGAAUCCAUGAACUAUACCAUGCUGUUAGCAGGGCUCAUCUGCAUAUCUGUCAGAUGUACUUAAGUUAAGAUUUGCACAUAAAGUGUAGAUGGGCCUGCUUACUCUUGGAUUCCCCAACACACAAAUGCUAAGAGUGCCUCUUUGAGUCUAGAAGGAAGACAUACAGUAAUGCUGAGAUAUGGCAUUGUUUGACCUGGCACUGUUAAUGUUUUCAAAACCCAGUGAACAGAGUGUAUACUAUAAGAUGUAUAUGUUUUGAAUGGGGUGCAUGUGUGCAAGGUAGGUUAGUAUAAAGUUUUCCUGAAAGUACAAAAAUACCUUAUGGUCACUGGGCUGAACAGUUUGUGACAGGCUCUUGUGGUACUUGGGGUAUUUAAAAAUUUUAGGCAAUUAUUGUACUGUUUUGACCAAUGCAUGUGGAAGUAGAAUAUUAUCCUGAGUUUGAAAACAAAUGCACAUUUUUAUUAUUUCUUUGUCUUCCUUAGUCUGACUCUGGAAUGAAUUUUUAAUUAGUACAAACAUUGGUUUUCUACGUUUUUAUGCACUCUCUUUUUUUUUCUUUUUUUUACAAUUGUAACCAAAGAUCUAUUCUUGUCUUGUAAUCUUGUAUUUUUAUUUUUACAUUUGGUUGGUGAAGUAUUGAUCAGGUUUUACUCUCUUGAAGCUUUUAAACAUGUGGAUAGGUAUUAAUGUUUAAGUUUACUUUCUCAUAAUAACAGUGACUUUUUCCCAGAUGAAUGUUUGUUCAUUUUUUAAACUUUUUCUCAUGAUUUUGGAGUUUCUUUUAACUUUCGCAGCCUUAAGAAUGGUGGAGUUGGUUUAUUGUUGUUAUUUCACCUUGUGAAGCUGUUGGUAUGCAGGAAAGGUACUUUUAUCAAGGGUUGGAUGGUAGUUAACAUGAAAUUGUACAAGAUGUGUCAGUUGCUUAGUCACAAAGGAAAGUUGCCCACGAAAUUUGAGUGGUUGAGUAUAUAAGAUCAGUCAUCAUACAUAUUGCCUUCUUAUGUGUAUUUUUAAAGCUGUCCAAAAAUUACCCCUGGGCAAAAGCAAAUGAAUUUUAAUGUUGACAUAAAUCUGUAAUGUCAAGAACGAAAGACAAAAAUGCAGCCGCAGUACUCCAGUGAAGGUACAUGUAAUGCCCUGUAUCAUGCUUUCUUUCUUUCACUGUCUAUCUCUUGUUGAGUAGAGUACUAAUCUUGAAAGUCCUUUCAAUCCCUCUUCUUGGGCUUUAAUCACAUUUCACAAACUUUAUAACCAGGGAAGUAUUUUCAUGAAGUUGAUAUAAAUUUUCAAUUUGAAGUAUGCAUUGAGUCUUGAAUAACUAAUAUAAUAAGAACAUUACUGAUCACGUAACAAUGUUCAGAAACAGCUUUGUACAAAUGUCUUGAAUGUUGAUACACUUCAUUUGAACACCAUUUUGUUUAAAACAGAGUAGUACAUUGUGUUUUGUGGAUAUCUUUACGUACAGCAAAAAAUGAUUUCUUUACUAAUGUAUUUAGCAUGGAAUUAUGAAAUACUGUAACUAUCAGGACCUAUGUUUUCAUUUUGAAGGGAAAGUUUUAUUUUAUUUCCAUCUUGGCUUUUUGAUAUUAGCUUUGCUUGUGCAUACAUACUUAGAAUUUGGUUGAUAAUUGUGGAAUCAGAAUGCCCAAUUUUUGACAUCAUUAGCUAUGAUGGUAGAUAAUUUUUCUUCUUUGGCUUAAUGUUUUUCUUAUACAAAACAGCAAGCAGAUGUUAGAAGUUCUAGAAUGGUAAAUGAGAUCUACAGAAAAUAUUGCAUGGAAUGAAGCCAAGAAGAGAUGCAGACAUAUUUAUUUCACUGAGGUUAUUUUGUAAUGAAAAUCUAUGGAAGUUAACUAACAUUCUCCUCUCCCUCACAUCAGUGCCCACUGGGACCAAACUAGGGUGGCAAUCCUUAUUGAUGUAAUCACAACUACUCGAUAUAAAAGAAAGAGGUAGGUUAAAGGGAACUCCUUUUAAACUGGCAAGACAGCAGCAGUUUCAGAUAUAGUUGCUGUAGUUUUGACUUCCCAUAUUCACUCUGCCUUCCAUUCUUGUAUUUUAGGAGGGUGUUGUACAUCUACCUCAUUGAAAUGUGUUGUUGCUGGUGUUGGGUCUUACUGUUGUACUGUUUCUUGUGAGUAGCUUGCUGAAGUGUGUCAGAAUGCUUCCUUGUCUAGCAGCCUCAUAGUUUCCUUGCAGCCCUUUGUUGUGGUUGGCAGUCUUCUUCUACAGGGCUUGUGGAAAGCCUUUCUUGAAAAGAAUUGCAAUUAUUAGAAAGUAUUCCAAUUUUCUAUGAAAUUGAGACAUUCUUUUAAGGUAUAUAUAGGUUAAAAAACUUAUCAAUACCUUAAUUAUGGAAAUUUUCUUCUGGAAUAGGUUUGCAGUUUGUACUUCAGGUGUUAGUUUUAAGUCAAAUUAUGAAUGUUUGAUAGAUUUUAUAGCUUUCAUAUUGUGACUUCUUUUAAGGCAUCAUAACUCUAAAAAAAAUUACAAUAAUUUAAAGCAUAUUUUGUAUAGUAGGCAAUUGUUUAUUCUACCAAUAACAUCCCUUACUUAAACACUUCAUUUGUAAAAUUAUUAAUUUAUCCAGAGAACUUAACUUUAAAAGCUUAGUACUGUAUAUAUGGUUUUUAGCUCUUGUAAGCUUUUCCAAAUCACAUAUGUCAAGGCAACCUGCCACUAAUCAAAUGGAACAGGAUGGGAAAAAAAAUCUAGCUCUCAAUUAGAUGAAUGGUAUUUUUUAAUGAUUUGCUAAUCAGUGGUUUUGAUGGUUUUCUGAAAUAUUCAUAAUGGGAUUCAAUGUGUUUAUUACAAAGGUUUUGGCUGCAUUAGCAACAUAGCUUAGAUUUUAUGCUGUUGAAGAUUUAAAGGCUAAUUCAUGUACAUGAAUUUUUCCACUUUUAAGCGACUGUUUCAUCAUUUCUGAUGUGAACAAAAACUCAAAUUGUAAAACUGUUGAACUGGAAAAUUUUUUCAGGAUUACAGUACAUAAUAUACUUGAUAUAUAUGAUUAGACAAGCAACAAAAAUUUGGUACUUAUUCAUAUUUUAAAGCAAUUGAUGAAGUAUUAAACUCCACUGUGUUAAGUAUGAGAACUUUAUGUACAAAGUCAAGUAUGUGGAUGCAUUUGGUAUACUAUUUAGGAUUUUUCAGUGUACUAAUAAUAUGCAAUGAAGAGUACUAUAUGUUAAGCAAUGGCAACUUCAUGCAAUUUCUUCAGGCUUUAUACAUCAUUUCUUGAUUACCUUUGAAAUUUUUUGGUUUUGCACUUUUGUGAAGUAGGGUUUUUAAUACUUGUAAUACUUUUUAGGAUCUAACUCUAUUUCAGAUCUAUUUCAUGCGAAUUCUGUCGUGGAAGUCUUCUUGUUAUUCUUGCACAUCCCUUUUCUUUUAUUUCAUAAUAGUACUGUUUGACUGUUUUUCCUAUUUUAUUUAAGUCAUCUUUGUUUUUCAAUUCAGUGUGUUGCCUGCCUGUUCUCUAUGCAAACAUGAAAAGUUUUGUCUUGAGUAGUGCAAAGAUCCCUCUGUUGACUAGUUUUUGACACAUCUAAGGAAAAUCUAUGCCAUUUUUUUUCCACUGGUUUCUAAUCCAAAGCAAGAAAUGUAAGAGAAGGCUGAUAUCCUUCAACAAAAUUUGUUUUUCUUACUUUAAGCAAAAGACAGACUUGAGUUUUGGAAGUCUUCAUUGUCCAUGCACUUGUGAAAAAAUGGUUUUCUUGAACAUCCAGUCAGUUUUGAGCAUUGUUUUGUUACCAUUUAGUAGUAUACAUUAUAUUUAUAAAUAAUAGGUAUGGUUGAUCACUGAAAAAGCAAGAUUUUUUUUGUGGAAAUCUUCAUGGUUUUAACUAUUCGGAGGUUCAUAUGGUCAAAGAUUUUGGAUGAUUGUGCAUUGUAAUUUUUGUAUUAUACCUUGUGCCAGUAUUACAAGAUAUAAUUAAUUAUUCUUUGUCAUCAUUUCUUAUAUCAUAUAUCUUAUUUUUUAAUGCUGUAUGGCAGGCAGCUAUGUUAGGCUUGUGUCUCACAGAUUAAAAUGAUUUUUCCGAGAUUUAAAAAAAACAAAAACAAAAAAAACAAAAAAACGUAGAACAAAAUCUAUGCUGAGUAGUUGUGGUUAUUUAUUCAUCUUUUUAAGGGCCAUUUUAGUAUAUCAUUUGGUUAAGUAUAAGAAGUAAUUGAAAUUGUCUGAUAUAAAAUCUUUUUGUAAAAAGAAUUGCUGUCUCACAGAGGAAGUAAUAGCCUGCAUGCAUUGUAUAAUUGCUGUACAGGACUUUGUUAGUCAGCAUAAUAUGUAUUUGUUGUUCAUUCAAAACAGUUAUGUAGUCAUUAAUAUAAAGUUGGCCAUAGCUUUCAUUAUUCCAGUCUUGCAGAAUGAAGCUGCUAUGUUAAUUAAAAAAAAUCCAUAUAUGUUGUGCAAGACCUAUUAGUUAGAAGUAUCAAUAUGUCAAAACUAGUUUACUAAUUACUUGCGACAUUUAUUUUCUGUAUUUCAUAUAACUAAUAGAAUGGCUUGGGUAUGUAUACUUUGCUCAUUUUAUUGAAAAACAUAUGCAGACCAGUUUUAUUCAGUAUCACAAUAGUACAUGCAAAUUUGAGAUUUCUGAUUCCUUUCUUCCAUCGGAAAUUUCUGGUUUUUCAGAUUUCACUGAUGGUUUUAACUUUUUUUAAUGCUUUGACUAAUCUUUUUUUUUAUCAUUUGCUGAUGCUAAAUUUUCAACUUAAAUGGGAUUGGGAUUAUUUUUUUUCUGGGCUCAGCCUGUGUCGCUCUGUGGAAGUGGUAUCCACUCGCUCUUUUACUAUACCGACACCUUUAAUUAAAAGGUGAGCGAGCCAGGAUAUUCUGGUACUAUCGUUUCUCUUUUUUCUCUGGUAUAUAUAGCAAUAUUUAUACCUUAGAAAUGAGUAUCAAAGGAUCCAUUUCACUGGGCGACACAGGUCAUUGCCCAGAGAUAGAUUUUUCCUCCGUCAAAAUCCUCUUCUUCUUCUUCUUCUUCUUCUUCUUCUUCUUCUUCUUCUUCUUCUUCUUCUUCUUCUGGCUUUAUUUUUGCAGUCAGUGUAAUUAUUUGAGGUUCAUCAUUAAAACAUCUCAGGUUCCCUAUUUUGAAUGUUUUUGGGAUUAGCGAUGGCAGCAUAAAAAUUUAUUGUAAUUGGGAUGUAUAGUGUGUUCAGAUAAGUUUUCUGGCAGCACCAAGUAAUGUGCUCUUCAUUAGCCUCUCCUUAUGGUUUGUACUUCAUCUGUGGAACUGUAAUCCUUCCACAUCUUAGGAAUCCAAUUUAGGAAUCUAAUUUAAAUAUAUCUAGGGAAGAGGCCCUACCACAAUACAUAGUCUUGUUUUUUCAUUGUUUGAAAAUACAGUGUAUUUUGACAUUUUUAUUUUUGAAGGAAACCUUUCACGUAAAAUUAAUCCUUCCACUUCUUAAGAAAUCUAAUCCUUCCACAGAUGAUCAUAAUCAGUUUCCAUUAUGGAGUCUGAUUGUACUGUUUGUUGAAAUCUAAUCCUUCCGGAUGUUUGGGAUCUGUUUUUUUCCAUGUGCUGGGAGUGUAUUUCUUUUAUGUUUUCAGUCCUCCUUUCCAUAUGUUAGUAUUGGAUUGCCAAAAGCAUUGUUGCAUCUUAACUGGUACUAAGGUUUUAUUGUCGCCUGAUAAUGCAUGUUGUAGGGUAAUGGUAAUUCAAUCCAUCCAUCUCUCAGUUUUCUUCAGUAACUUUCUUGCUGGUGCAGAAGCAACUCUUGUUAAAGGCAGACCAUUGGCUUGUACAUAAUGUUUUCUCCCUUUUUUUUUUUUUUUUUUUUUUUUUUUUUUUUGUCUUUUCCCUUGUUGAUGCUUAAGUAUUAAUUUUUCAAUUUUCUAAUAAGAGAGUGCUUGAAAAGCUAAGGUUAAUCCAAAAUAUCCAGAGAUGUAGAUUAUUUUAUAAAAGUUAAUCAUUGUAAUCUCUUUGUUGAUAAAGAAAUUUACCUGUUCUGGCAAUACUAGUAUAAGACUGCUAAUGCAUUGUGUAAAUAUAUUUUUUUGUUUGUAUAAAUGUUAAUUUAGUUAUUAAAACAAAUACUUUAUAGUUAUUAUCUAGAUGUUGGUGAUGCCAAAAUAUAAUUUAUUCUUCCUCCUUAACAUUUUAGGAGCCAUUUGAUUGUAAAAUGGGGUGUAAUUUAUUUAUGCUACACAGUACUUGCAGUGUUAUGGGUGCAUCCGGGCAACUGAAAGCAUAUCUUGAAGAAAGAUGGAGCCAUAGAAGAAUUCUCAAGGGUACAAAAAAUGGCUUUAUCCUCAUCAAAAAGCUUUCUCUGUUUUGUAAGCAUAGCUUUACCAUGUCAGAUCCACAGAUUAUGUUUAUGCCUAUAUGCACCUUUAAAGAUCUGCUUUUGGAUUGGGUUGUAUAUUAUACUUUAAGAUGUUGUAUAUCUUGGUUGCUGAGGGUCAUUUUCUUUUGUUUUUUGUUAGAUAGCAUAAUUUUGUAAAAUGUAUCAUUUUUCCUGUGAACACAAAAAUGAAACUGUUUCAAAUUGGCCUGAUGCACACUAUAAUUAUGAAGCUUUCUAGAUUACUAGGUAUGGAAAGAUGCAGAUUUAUACAUUUUUUUUCCUUUUUUUUUAUACUAAUGCAGUGGUCAGUAUUUUUCCCCCUUUGUGAGGCUUAUCAACAAGGUUUCAUAUUGCUUUUUCCAAGUUUUGCCUUGUGCAGUAGUUCCAGAGAUACAGUGUAGGGAAUAGCAUAACUUAUAAAUAAGAAGUUAUCUUUUAUUCCUUUGUAGUUAAUGUAGAUUGCUUUUUGUUUUGUGUUACUGGCAGUGGGUGAUUUUACUCAGUGUUAUACUCGCAUUGAAUGAGGUAUAAGGAAUUACUAGUAAACAGUCACCAGGUUGAAGCUCUGCUUGCUGCGGAUGCACCCUCCUUAUGUUUAGCUAAAUUAAGAGUGGAUAUCCCUUCAAACUCUAACUGCGAGAUGCCUGACGAAACAUUAUACUAUAUCGCUGUUAUUUAGACCAGCGAGAAAGGGAUGGGUUGGGUUGGGUUGGGAUGGGGAGGGAAAAUAUAUGGCAUUUCGCCGUCUUUUACACAUCCUGGGUGUUAAACCACUGAUCAUGGCACAGUAACUUUAGGUCUAUUACACAUCUAAGUACUUUUUUUCACUACAGCGUGUUGUAAUUUAUUUGAAUGAAUGUAAUUCUUCCUGUGUAUGUAUGUGUAUGUUUCUUCUUGUCAAAUCUGUAUGAUCUCACCUAUUCUUUUUUUAGCAUUUACUAAAAAUGCAGAUUUUGUUUGUUUUGUUUGUUUAAAGGCUCUUAAGAGGCUGCUAAAAUUACAGUAUACUUUUUUUUUCUUUUUUUUUUGUCUAGAAUGGCAUUAUUUAACCAAGAACAAUUAUAAAUUUCAAGUGAAAUUUCUAAAAUUGUAUGGUUAAUAUAAUUAUCAAGACAAAUUUUCUUUUGAAACUUGACAUUAUUUAACCAAGAACAAUUAUAAAUUUCAAGUGAAAUUUCUAAAAUUGUAUGGUUAAUAUAAUUAUCAAGGCAAAUUUUCUUUUGAAACUUGAGUUAUAUUUUUGAGGAAUUUCAAACCAGUCUGUUAAGCUCACUUUAUUUUGUUAAAUUUUCUUAUAUUUCUUUGUUAUUCUUUUCCCUGGUUAUUUAUAUGAAGUUUGCCAAGAAAUCUGCUUAUUUUGACUUCAGUCAUUGUGUGCGUCUUCUCUAUUUUUACACCUCUCGCAGUCCGCGAUUGUUAAGUUUUAAGAUGUUUUCAAUAUCCGUGAUGUGUAAAUCACAAAAUGUAUAUAAGAAAUAAACUAUUAGUAUGA